GAUACACUAGGGUGGAAUUUUGGCCUUGAUGCCUUACAGUUGCUGCUGGAGGAACAAACAGCAGCAGGGACAAGAUCAAUAGAGGUGAAAUGAUUCAGAUUCAUGGAUAAGCUUUCUAAGCUGUGUUUGGCCUUGUAAACCACUCUUGCCCACAGUUCUCCGGAAAGAAGGGAGUGGCAGCCUCAGCAUCUUUGACACAAUACUUUUGAUUCGGCACUGUUUGAACCUUGCCCUUCUGCACAGCUGCCUCUUUCUUCUGAGGAUGUAGAGAUGGUCUAAACAAAAUCCAUCCGAAGUUUGAUACGCUUCAGCACUUCUCAAAGAUGAAAACUGAUGUGGGACCAACAGGUAAGGUCUUUGGAGAGAAAAAGAUGGUUUGAGAAUCAAAAAAGGCUACAGCACCCAGCCCGGUAAGUCCACUAUUGCACCCAGUGAAAUCCAGUCCAGGAUGCCCUACACCUAUCAUAGCUGAAGCAAAUCCCAAGCCUCAUGGGAAUCGCUAAGUUGUUGGCCAGGGCAGUGUAAGCUUUCCCCAGGAAUUCUGGUGUCUAACUGUGAUGUCAGCAAAAGAGAAUGAAUUGUGUGAGGUCACAUCCUGGUUGCUCCUGGCAGAGGAGCCAUCACUGCCCUCAACAUCAUCCAAGAGCUUUGGUCGAAGUGUGGGAUGAAAACGCUGCUCCUUACCUUCUGGAUUUUAACUUCUCUAAUCAUCAGCGUCCAUGCAGGAGUUUCUUCCCCAGUUUUUAUGUUCAGCAGUGAAUGGAAGAGUGAACCUGUUGGUAGCUUCAGAGGUGGACAGCAGAGAGAAACUGGUAGCUCUUCUGGAUAUUCACACAUCGAGUGUGGCCUCCGACCAUCUUAUGAGUCCUUUCUGGAGACUGGCAAGAAGAUCACAGGUGGGAGAUACGCCAAGGCUGGGGAGUUCCCGUGGCAAGUGAGCAUCCAGAGCAAUGGGAAACAUAUCUGCGGGGGGACCAUGAUCAGCGCGCUGUGGAUUUUAACUGCGGCCCAUUGCUUUGCAGAUGAGGUGCCACCAGAUCUCACUGUUGUAGUAGGGGGAAUUGACCUUGACCUCCCUCUGGAAGAACAUAAGCCAGACAGCUUGGUUAUCCAUGAAAACUUUGACAGAACAAGCAUGAAACAUGAUGUUGCCCUGAUCAUGCUCAACUCUCCCAUCGAGUUCAGCAACAAGAAAAUCCCCAUCUGCUUGCCCUUCAUGUAUGACAUUGAUACAUGGCAACACUGCUGGAUUGCUGGAUGGGGAACCACAGAUGCAGCAGCUGAGGUGUCAGCAUCCCACGUGCUGCAGAAAGCACAGAUGAAGCUCAUCAGCAGGGAGCAGUGCUUGGAGCGCAUCCCGCAGCUACCAGAGAACAUGCUGUGUGCUGAGCUGGAGAGAGGAGAAAGAGGAGCCUGCCAGGUGGACAGUGGGGGACCUCUGGUUUGCAGCUACUGGAACACCAUGAAGUGGUUUCAGGUCGGCAUCAUCAGCUGGGAAGAAGAUUGCACAGAAAAGCCAAGUCACGAGAUCUACACUUCUGUUUACAACUACUAUGGCUGGAUCAUGACUGAAACAGCUCUGGACCAAACUAAGACCAUCUUCAAGAACCACAGCAUCUGCUCAGGUGGUAUGUCAAGCUGCUGGGACAUGACUACAUGUCAAAUUCAUCCAUACACUAGAAAAAGGGCAAGAAAGCUGUUGGCCGGUGUUGGAAACUUUAGCUUCAUAUAACUGGUCAUUCUUAUUUGCCUGGGUUGCAAAUGGUGGGUUUUGGUUGUUAAAGACACUAGAGAAAAACUCUGGCUAGCUGGAGGGAACUGUUUCUGAGCCAUCUAUGAAAUGCUGUCUGCAGAAACCCCUUGGUUUGGUAAUUAGCCAAAAUGAAUCCCUUACAA